AUGUCUCUCCGCGUUGCACCCCCAUCUGGAUACUCCAACAGCGUCUCCAACACAACAGCCCGCCACACUCGUCCCUCAAAGGGCGCUCCCUCAGCGCCUGGUCUCCCCGAUACUCUCCGUAACAAGAUCACUCUCCCCGCCACCGCCCACGCCUCUUCUACCAACAACCCUACCGCCAGCGAGAUUCCCUCUUCCACACACCCGCUCGAGGCCCGCCUUAUGGCCUGGCGCGCAACCCAAGAUGCAAUGAAGAUGGAGUCCCUGCGCCGGGCAUACGGUAUCGCUGAGCCUGUCCGUCGCGGUAUGGAGCUGAAGAUCGUCCGUGAUGGUUCUUUCCGGCCUGCUGUGCUAGGUGGUAUGAAGGGUGGCAAUGUCCACGAGGAUAUCUUGUCAAUUGGAGGCCGGGACACGGAGGUUCAAUGGGAGGACAUCUUCAGUGGCGACGAGUUCCGGGAGCCACCUUCCUUCCACGAUGAGAUGGAGAAGCGCCUGAAGAUGGAGUUCCACUAA